UGGUUGGGCGUAAAUAAGGAAACUGCUAUUCCAUCGAGUUGGGGGAGUAAAACUGAAUUGAACAUCUCGGUACUGUAACAUGAAGUUAACAGUUGGAAUUUUGUUAACUUUGUAUACUAUCGCUGAUUGUAAAGGUGAAAAAAUCUUGUCAAUCCCACAUCGAGGAGAACUAGAUAAAGCGGGAAUAUAUUUUGCAAGUGUUGAAGGUACAUCAGCGAAGAAUAUCAUCAAGACUACUACAGCAAUCGAUUCCUUUGCAUGUCUUACUGACUGUCUGUCACACCCCACCUGUCAAUCAAUCAACUUUCAAAAGAAGGGRAGUCCCAAGCACCUUUGCGAGCUCAGUGAAAGUGCGGUCGUACCCAGUGCAAAGGACCAGGAGCCAAGGCCAGGCUACAUCUUCUUCUAUCCAAUUCAGAUAAAUAGUGGAAUCAAUAUAGAAAUAAACAGAGUUUCAUCGUGUAAAGAUAUCGCACGGUUACAAAGCGUUCGUGAAAACAAGGCCUACACWAUAAAGAUCGAUAACAAACUCACAAGAAUCUACUGCCAUUUGACURAUGACAUAUGUCAAGGUGGGGGRUGGACGCUGGCCAUGAAGAUUAAUGGCUCAAAGGUAUUAUUUUAA